AUGUCCGCCAAGCAUUCAAAAACAGCUGUUAUUAAAUGUAAAAAAUGUAAUGAAGUAAUAUCACCUGAAGAACAGUAUUUGCAUGAUGGUGAAAGCAUAGUACAUACACAUUGUUAUAUUUGUUCGAGUUGUCAUAGAUCACUUGCUGGCAUAUUUUAUUAUCGUUAUAAAGAUCCACGUCACGAUGAAAAGAAAAAUCUUUAUUGUGAUUCAUGUUAUUAUCGUUUAGCACCUGUUUGUUUUCAAUGUUUAAAAAUAAUUGAUGAUAUUUCGUUAAUAUAUGGUGAACGUAUUUUUCAUCCAAAUUGUUUUUCUUGUGAUCAUUGUCAAAAAGCAUUUAAAGGUGCACUAGUUUUUCCUUAUGAAAAUCAUAUUUAUUGUUCAAAUUGUUAUAAAACUGUUCAAAAUGAUUUUCAUCCAGCUUCAUCAAUUGUUUUAACAUUACGAUGUUCUAUAUGUAGAAAACAAUUUCAACCAGGUGAUCUUAUUACUAAACAUCAAAUUGACUUAUCAACAGAUAAAAUUUCAAAUAAUAUUCAUUAUAUACAUAAUUCUUGUUUCGUUUGUGGAAUUUGUCAUCAAAAUUUAUCUAAUUCUACUUAUUAUUUACCAAAUACUCACGAUGAAGAUGUUGAAUCUCUUGUAUUUAAAUGUAAAAAAUGUCAUGAAUCAUCAACAACCAUAUGUUCUGUAAGUUUCAUAUAUAUUUUUCUAUUGAUAAUUCAAUAA